AGCGCUUCACUGAAAAUCUUAACCUCGUCUGUCUACAUAAAAUAAAGUUUACAGUUGAGAAAGUCUGCUAAAAGAUUUUAGUAGAUAUGAGUACAGGUAAAGAGCAGUCCGAGAUCAAUCAAGAUCCACAAUCCAAUCAGGUGUGAGGGUAAAACGGCAAAAAAUAGUAAGAGCAAAACCCAGGUUCAAUUUCUUCCACUGCAAUAAGUUUCCAGAGGACAUGGAUUGCUUCCGGGCACAACUCAUGUUUACGAGUUUGCAGAAGGUUCUUGAUGAAGAAUUGCUCCAGAAUGCAAUUCCGUUUGUGAAUGAUAAUGUUGAGACAAAAAGGACAGGAGAUACUCCUGGUAAUAAUCAGUUCCAAGAUACAAUAACCAGGGAGAUUUCCAGCCCUCAGCCAUCAUCCAAGGGAUCAAUGAAUACUUCAGUUUCAUCCUUGUCUGAAAAGCCUUCAAAAGUUGCACGCUUACUGCCUGCUAGAGGACCAGAGGUAGGAAUGUCCUCAAAUGCAUCAGUCAACACCGAGGUUAGACAUAAACAUAAAGAGAUCCAAGCAGCAGAGACAAUGAAUGAUGAUGACAAAGUAUUUCUCAAUGAAAGGAUUGUCAAUGAACUGCUUCAUGAUACAAGUGGGACAUUUCCUGAGACUCUUGUUUCCAGGAACACAACUUCUGGCAAGCUAACUGAAAUUCAGGCUCAAAUCAAAUCUACAAUGGAGAAAGCAUUUUGGGAUGGAGUUGUUGAAGGACUUGCAAGGAAUCCACCAGAUUACACUCGGGUAGUAGGACUUGUAAAAGAAGUUAGGGAUGAACUGGAUGCUUUGGUUCCUCAAAGUUGGAAGCAAGAACUUCAUGAAAGUAUUGAUGUGGAACUCUUUUCUCAGGUUAUGGAGUCCGGAGUCCAAGAUGUUGAAUAUCUUGCAAAGCUGUUGGAUUAUGCAUUGUCUCUUGUACUAAGUCUUGGGGCACCAGCACGUGAUAGUGAUACAAAAGCGGCUCAUGAGAAAUUGCUCCAAGAAUUGUCUGGAAUAGUGGCCGGAAUGGACCAGAAGUCAAACCUCUCCUUUGCGUCUGCAUUGGUUAAGGGCCUUCGCUUCAUUUUAGAACAAAUACAGGUCCUGAAGCAGGAUAUAAGCAUUUCUCGAAUUCGAACAAUAGCUCCACUGAUCCAGGGGCCUGCAGGUGUUGAGUACAUACAAAAGCUAUUCACUGAUCACUAUGGUCCAUCCUCCACAGCUACAAGCAUGUUGCCCCGAACUGUAAAAUGGCUUUCUGAAGUACGGGAAUGUAUUGAGAAGGAAAGGAAUGAUUUUAAUGAUUUAGUUGAAGUCUUCAAGUGUAGCCAAUCGAAUGUACCAAGUGCUCAAAUGGCAGGUGAGUUUCAGACAGAGUUUGAGUGGACAUCCAUGGGAACUAUGGUACGCCUAGGUUUGUUGCAAAUGGCAAGCAGGCCUGUUGCAGCAAAUGAAGACAACACACCAGAGACUUUAAAAUUAAAUGUGGGGAGGCUGAGGAGCACACAGAAUGAUUUUCAGCGGGUAAUUGUGAUUGCAACAGGCUUGCUAUUGGUAAGACAGACCCUUGCAGAGAAGGAAGUGCCCGCUGCAGAGAUUGAUGAUGUACUCAAGGUUGCAAGCAAGCAAUUGAAUGACAUCCUGAGCGAUCCCUUGAUUACAAGCCAUCAGAUUGGUGAAUUGUUGGCUCAGCUAUGUUCUUCUGCUAUUAAAGCGGAUCAAACUGAUAUUGAUGGACAAUUUAUGACCCGGGUUUUGAGUAGAAGCCUAUCUGCUGGUGAUGCUGUUUUUGCAAGAGUUGCUGCUGCUGUACGGUCUAGUGUUCGAGCUGUUCUCCUUUUGGGACAGGGAUGUGAUAGUUGUUUAUUGGCAGAAGUGGCAUUGAAACGCAUUGGGGCCAGUUCUCUAAUGGAUCUUGUUGUGGGUGUAGUGAAUUCUCUGGAAGUCAUGGCUUCAGUAAGUUGUCAGGUGCAUGGACCAUGGUAUAUGCAAAUCCUCAGCACAGCAUAAUGACUGCAUUUCUUGACAAAUUAUGCUAAUAUACAUUGUAUUGCUUGUGUGUAAAUGAAGCAGCCAGAUUUUGUGUUUGAGAAAGAGUAGAUACCUGUCUUCACUUUUUCAAGAUGGAGAUUAUGGAAAUACAUCUGGUUUGGACUUAAUAUAUUUGGAUGUUGUUGAUGAAGGCAAUGAGGAUCAUGAACCAGCAGUGGAAUUGCAAUUAAAUGUAGUGUCCAUGACACAGAAUACUGUCAUGUUGUUGUUUCUCCUAGGUAAAAUGCAUUUAUUGUAAUGUAACUUCUAGAGCAUGUAAGAGUGUACAUUAGCACCCUUUUUCUGGCCAUCCAGAUCAGAGAUUAUUUAUGCCUCUGAAAUGAAAGGUUUUUCAGUAAAUAAUGUCACAUGGAGAUAUUGAUAAUGCGGAUCACAGAUGGGCACAAUUUAAAAUAUUUGACCAGUGAACCGAUACCAGGCAGAACCUAAUUAUCUGUUGCAAAGGUUUGAGCACAAUGGCAACAGAGGAGAAUCCAACAUUAAUAUUGUAAUUUAUACAUUUUUUUAACUUGUGCAUUGCAAAAUAUGUGUUUUACAAAAUGAUGAUUACUGAUCAGAAUAACAAAAAGACUUGACCCUUAAUUGAA